GAAGCAUCUUUCUGCUAUGGUUAUUUUUAAUUUUUUUUAUCCAGAUUCUGAGAAGGGAAUUGAAUUCCGUGCUCUGCAGAAAAUACAUUUUUUUUAAAAGAGAAACGCACUCACCCGCACAUGUCACUCUGAGCUUUUGUCACCUUCCUUCUAGCUUCGGUCUCAGGCGACUUUCACUUCAACCAACAACACAACACAGUCUUCAAUCUCUCUCUCUCUCUCCGAGUCCUUCUUCUUCGCUCAGCCAACAUGAGCUCAAUCGUUCAGGGUUUCACGAAGUCCCUGGCCAUGACUAUUCUCUCGGAGAUCGGCGACAAAACAUUUUUCGCUGCUGCGAUACUGGCUAUGAGGCACCCACGGCGUCUAGUCUUAUCAGGUUGCUUAUCAUCUUUGAUUGUGAUGACCAUUCUGUCUGCUCUUGUUGGCUGGGCUGCUCCUAAUCUGAUUUCCCGUACUUGGACUCAUCACAUUACUACAUUGUUAUUCUUGGUGUUUGGGCUUUGGUCCUUGAAAGAUGCAUUAUUUGAACAAGGGGAGGCUGAAGAAUUGGCUGAAGUUGAAGCUAAAUUGGAUAAAGAUUGGAAGGCUAAUAAUGGAGCUGCAAAAAAUAGCAACAAGGUUGAUGAUGCCACUAAAAAGGAGCAGCGGUCAUUUUUAUCUCAGUUUUUCUCUCCUAUCUUUCUACAGGCAUUCUCUAUCACUUUUUUUGGUGAAUGGGGUGACAAAAGCCAGCUGGCUACCAUAGGUUUGGCUGCAGAUGAGAAUCCAUUUGGUGUGGUUCUCGGGGGAAUUCUGGGACAAGCGUUGUGCACCUCUGCUGCUGUUAUUGGAGGGAAGAGUUUAGCUUCUCAGAUAUCCGAAAAAAUUGUUGCACUUUCCGGUGGAAUCCUUUUUAUUGUUUUUGGAAUUCAAUCAUUCCUUUCUCCUGUGGAAUCAUGAAGGGCUGUGCUAUUGGUUAGUGAUUAUUCUUUGUGCACUUUACUAGACAUGAUUGAAAGCAUGUUUGUUGUAAUGAUUGGAAUUGGUUGCCGGAAGACCUCAGCUUCAUGUCUAACCCUCCUGGGUCGUAGAUUUCAUUCUCUUCACCCUUUUGUAGUUCAAAAUAAUGUUAGCACUGUAGAACCAGAGCCAAAUUCAACAUGUCAACUUGAGUGGAUUGUUCUUUUAAGAUAAGCACGUGCCUUUUUACAUAUUCUCUCAUUGUAUUCUUUGCUCCAUCAAUUAAAUCCAUGUGCAAAUUUCCAA